UAACGAAAAAAGGGCGGGGAAGCCAGAAAGGUUACGACAGUUGCAUGCUGGGAAAGCACGUGUAUGAGGAGGAUCUGUGUACAGAAGGUGAGGCCGUGAGUUCGCCACCAUGUCGUCCAGACAGAACCAGGACGGCGACGAGCGCUUCCUCCGGGUCCAGAAGGACCCCAGGUUCUGGGAGAUGCCCGACAGGGAGCGCAAAAUCAAGAUCGACAAGCGCUUCCAGUCCAUGUUUCACGACAAGCGCUUCAAGGUGAAGUACACGGUGGACAAGCGAGGACGCCCCAUCAACCACACCUCCACCGAGGACCUGAAGCGCUUCUACAACCUGUCCGACUCUGAGGAGGAGGAGGAGAAGGAGAAGGAGGAAGAGGAGAAGGAGGAGGAGAGCAAGAAAGCAGCACAAAGCAAGAAGAAGAAAAAACCAGCGGGAGAAGUGAAGAAAGGGAGGGCAGAUGUUAACGAAGAAGGAGUUCGAGUCGUUGAAGAAGAUGAUGAGGAGCAGCCGUCUGCAGAUGAAGACUUCGAGCUCUCUGAGGAAGAGGAGGAAGACGAAGAAAGCGACGAUGCAGAGGAGGAGAGUGACGAGGCGAGUGGAUCUGAUGAAGACGAGUCUGGUCUGGACUCUGGAGACGACAGUGACAGUGGGCCGGAUCUGGCCCGAGGGAAGGGCAACAUUGAGACCAGCUCAGAUGAAGACGACGAUGAUGUGGAAGCCAUCCUGAGGAAGGAGGAAGAGGAGAUCGAGCAUGACUGGGGAGAGCUGUGCAAAGACGCUCCCCGCAGUGACGAGGUCUCGGCACGCCUGGCGGUCUGCAACAUGGACUGGGACCGCAUGAAAGCCAAAGACCUGCUGGUGCUGCUGAACUCCUUCGUUCCUGAAGGAGGAGCCGUGCUGUCCGUCAGGGUCUACCCGUCAGGAUUUGGGAAGGAAAGGUUGAAGGUGGAGGAGACCCAGGGACCUCCGGAGCUGAAGGCACUGCCCGAUGACUCAGAAGAUGACACAGAGGAGGAGAGGGUUUAUAGAGAAAAGAUGCGUGACUACCAGUUCAAACGUCUGAAGUAUUUCUACGCCGUGGUGGAGUGCGACUCGGUCAGCACGGCCUCUCGGAUCUACGAGGAGUGUGACGGCUACGAGUACGAGAGUAGCUGCUCCGUCCUGGACCUCCGCUUCAUUCCUGAUGAUGUGAAGUUUGACGAGGAGCCCAAAGACACGGCGACAGACGUGCACCUGCCAGCGUACACUCCCAAACUCUUCACUUCUUCUGCUAGUGCCACCUCAAAGGUGCAGCUGACCUGGGAUGAGACGGACCACGAGCGCGUGACUGCCAUGAACAGGAAGUUCAACAAAAACGAGCUGCUGGACAUGGACUUUAAAGCUUACCUGGCCUCCUCCAGUGACGAAGAGGAGGAUGAAGAGCAGCAGAGUGGAGAUGAAGAAGAACCUGUCGGGCAGGUGCAGAAGAAACCGCCCGAGGAAGAAGAGAAGAAGAAGAAAAGUGAGGAGCAGAUCUCCAAGUACAGGGAGCUGCUGAAAGGCAUCCAGGAGAAGGAGAAGAAGCUGCAGGAGGACAAAGACAUGGAGAUGGAGAUCACCUGGGUUCCAGGUCUGAAGGAAACGACGGAGCAGCUGGUGAAGAAAAAGCUGGAGGGGAAGGACAAGCUGACGCCAUGGGAGGAGUAUCUGCAGAAGAAGAAGAAGAAGAAAAGUGAUCGAAAGCAGGGGGCGGAUGAUGAAGAGUUUAGUGAUGAUGAGCUUCCUCCUGACGUCGACCUCAGCGACCCGUUCUUUGCUGAGGAACUCAGAGCAUCAGACCUGAAGAAGAAACGGAAAGGCAAGAAGAAGCAGCAGCAGGAAGAGGAGCGUACAGCAGACGAGGAGGAGGAGCUGGAGAAGCAGAAGGCUCAGAUGGCGUUGCUGAUGGAGGACGACGCUGACGAAGCCAGACACAGACACUUCAACUACGACAAGAUCGUGGAGCAGCAGAACCUGAGCAAGAAGAAGAGGAAGAAGCUGCUGAAGGAGGGCGAGGGGCCGCUGGAGGACGACUUCCAGGUGGACGUCAAAGACCCUCGUUUCCAGGCCAUGUACACCUCCCACCUCUUCAACCUGGACCCGUCCCACCCCAGCUACAAGAAGACCAGAGCCACGCAGAGCAUCCUGGCUGAGAAGCAGCGGCGCCGAGAGGAGGAGCAGCGCCACGUGGAGGACGCGCUCGGCUCCCAGCAAGCCCCGCCCACAAGGGAACAGGCUGCCGCUGCAGGGAAGAAGCAGGAAAACGACUCCGAGGCUCCGGCAGCGAGGACUAAGAUGGAUCCCAGUCUGUCGCUGCUCGUCAAGUCAAUCAAGAACAAAACGGAGCAGUUUCAGGCUCGGAAGAAGCAGAAGCUGCUGUAGGUCCGGUAGUCUGGUCCUGU